UUUCCUUGGCUGUCAGGUUUAUUUCUCACUGGGAAGACUCCAUUGAGAGCAUAUAGAAGAGACAGGAUGAAAGUCCUCCUGAGCCUCAGCCUCUUAUGCCUCACCUUGGCAUUGUGCCACACAUACUGUUUCACCAGACCAGCCAAAUUAGAGUUUAUAAAUGGUGUGAUGAUGCUUCCACGUGACUGCAUUGAUUCUUAUGAUGGAAGCAAGCAUUCCUCUGGAUCAAGAUGGAACUCAGCUAAUUGCUUAGAAUGCAGUUGCAGGGGUGGAGAAAUGUCCUGCUGUUCAAGAUAUGGCGGUACUGCAAGUUCUCCAGGCUGCAAAGCUGUUGUUAAUCCUGAAACAUGCGAGUAUGAAUUCUAUCGCAUUGACGACCCUUCGGAGCCAUGUUUCUGAGCCUCAGCAGCCCAUUCCUUUCAUGUCUGUGAGCCUAAAUAAAUCAGGUGCUCACAUAUCUUGUUAUGUCUUUUCUUCAAUCAGCACAACAGAGAAGACUUUGAUUUAAUGAAAUGGGAAGGAAUCUCUUCUGAUUGAAAGUUUGUCAGUAGAACAGAUUAUCUUGG